AUGUGGGCGGAGCCUCCGUCGACGUCGACUUGCGGCCAACAGUCCGCCCAGACGUCAGUCAUUUACCAAUCGACCCCACCGAUCAUGUGUGCCAAGAUCGCUCUUGCCCUCGUCCUUAUUGGAGUUGCUACCACUGCCGCUGCCACUCUGCCGGACAAGUACUACGGAACCUUCGAUUUGGAUCACUCCGAGAAUUUUGAUGAGUACCUCACUGCCAAGGGAUACGGAUGGUUCACUCGUAAGCUCGUCACUUUCGCCACAUUCAAGAAGGUGUUCACCAAGAAUGAAAUCAAGAACAAGUUCGAUUACUCCAACCUGACCUCGAAAAAGGACGUCCACUACAAGAACAUUGAGCUUGGAAAACCAUUCGAAGGAGAAGGACUUGACAGCACCAAGCACGAGGUUUGAUUGUUUUGAGGUGUUCAAAAGAGACACGUGUUUCUUUUUUCAGAUCACUUUCACCCUCAAGGACGGUCAUCUCUUUGAGCAUCACAAGCCACUCGAGAAGUCAGGAGAUGCCAAGGAAGAGACCUACGAGUACCUGUUCGAUGGAGAGUUCCUUCUUGUGGUAAGAAUCCAAAAUAAUCUCACAACAUCUUGAAACCAAAAUAAUUUUCAGCGCAUGAGCUUCAACGGAGUUGAGGGACGCAGAUACUACAAGAGACUUCCAUAA